UCGGCCCGUUAGAUGCUUCAGAGCCUCUUUGUGCGAGUCUAAAGCGGAUUUAUUCGACUUUCUCCGUGUGAAAAUGUCCAAAAAUCAAAUGCUGAGAGUUUUUGUCAGCCAGCGACUGACUGCGGCUGCUGAAGAGAUAUUUGGGCUGUUUGAAAGAACGAUAGCAGAGUACGAGGAGCAACUUUGUCGUUCAAAAGAGAAGAACGAGCGACAACAGAAACUACUGGACGCUGUUUUGAACCCGCAGCUUCACUUACACAGAGCAGACGUCCAGGAGACGUUGGUGGGAGAAGAAGUUCCUCCUGAGCAGCAGGAGUGGAGCUACAGGCUGGACCAGGACCAGAACCAGGACCAUGACCAGAACCGGGACCAGAACCAAGACCAGGAACAGAACCAGGACCAGAACCAGAACCAGAACCAGGAGCCCCCUCGUGUUAAAGAGGAGCUCUGGAGCGGUGAGGAGGGAGAGCAGCUUCAGGCUGACGUCAGGUUCCCGUCUGUCCCCGUGAAGAGCGAGGAGGACGAGGAGAAACCUCCUCCGUCGUGUUUCUAUCAGAGGACGGAGUGCGGAGCGACGGCACGAUUAAAAACAGAAGCUGAAGGAGAAGACUGUGGAGGACCGGAGCUGGCCAGAGUCUCUGAUCCAGGAGUCCCUCUAGGAGCAGUUAGAGAUUACCAAAUGUCCCACUUUAACACAGACGUGGCAGCAGAGAGCUGGACGGACAGCGGGGCGUCUUCUCACGUCUCCUUGUAUUUAAACGUCCUCAAAGAUGUGAGUGAGUUCAGGAGACACGCUGCCAAGAAGUCCUUCGGCUGCCCCGAGUGCGGGAAAACGUUCCUCCACAAGGGGAACCUGAAGAGCCACAUGAUGUGCCACACCGGAGAGAAACCGUUCAGCUGCCCCGUGUGCGGAAAGCGAUUCCGGCAGAACUCCAACCUGGUCACGCACGUGAGGACGCACACGGCGGAGAAACCGUACAGCUGCUCCGUGUGCCACAGCACCUUCAGUCAGCGCGGCGCCCUGGGGCAGCACAUGAGGAUCCACACGGGGGAGAAACCCUUCAGCUGCCCCAUCUGCGGCAAGAGCUUCACCCAGAAAGGCUCCAUGACGGAGCACAUGACGGUGCACACGGGAGAGAAACCGUUCAGCUGCAGUGUCUGUGGGAAAGGCUUCCAGCGGCCCGUCCACGUCAAGAACCACCGCUGUGUGCCCUUCACAGACGCUUGUGUUGGUUUCAACCAGCCCGGGAUGUGGCAGAGUUAACCCACUGACUGUAUAAAUAAUGGACGUAGUCACUGUGACGUUGGAAGCAUCGAGUUUAUCGCUACACUCGUCGCCAUCUUGUGUCGCCAUCUUGUUUCUGAUAUGUGGAGCAGACCAUAUCUGGAAUGGAAACGUUAAAAUAAACUGUCAUUAAAUGAAAUGAAAAUACAGUGAAAAGGUCAAAGUUAUGAGAUCAAACUGCUAAACGUUCUUUUUUAUAUCUAUAUAAUGUUUUUUUAUCACUUUAUUGACACGUUGCCGUGGAAACGCAUUGUUUUGCUUCUCUCCUGAUGACGGCUCGCCUUGUUAGUGACCUGUCAAUCAAAGGUAGCCCCGCCCCAAAUCAUACGAUUCUUUAUCUUCUAUUUUCUUCUAAAUGGGGCCAUUACUAGAACUAUUGACAUCAAAUUGUCUUGAAGAAUAUUUUUUACUUGUGAUUGAGACCAUAGUGUUGUCCUGAAAAACAUUUCUGAGCUAAUAAAUCAAGUGAGAAGUUUUCUCAUUUUGUAUUGAAAUUAAUGGACUGAAAUGCUUCUGCAGCCACCGUCAGCGCCCCCUGCUGGAGUUUUUGGUAGAAUGCAGCUUAAGGCACUUCCUGGUUUUGCCUCCCUGCUCAGACCAGGAGGUUGUCGCCUGAGUUGUCCAACCAACUCAUCACAUUAUCACUGAAAGAAACGGUUUUUAAUAAGCACACUGCAAUAAAGGUGUUUAGACUAAAAACCAGAUCAAACAGUAAAUCUGAGGAAAAUGAUCUUGCUGCAUGGACAGAUAAUUUACCUUGACAAGAUUUCUUAAGUUAAGAUUAUUAAAUCUAGAAAUAAGCAUGUUUGUGUCUUAUUUGAGUCAAAUGUAUUUUUGGGUAAUUUUUUGUCUUUUUGGGAAAUUUUGUGGGUUUUCUGGUCAUUUUGUGUCUUUUUUUAGUAAUUUUAUGUUUUUUUUGUAAUUUUAUGUCUUUUUUGUAAUUUUGUGUCUUUUGUCGUUAUUUUAUGUAUUUUCUAGUAAUUUUGUCUUUUGUAGUAAUUAUUUGCCUUUUUUUUAGUAAUCUUAUGUAUUUGUUUUUAGUAAUUUUGUCCUUUUUUCAGUAAUUUUGUCUUUUUUUAGUAAUUGUGUUUUAGUAAUUGUAUGUAUUUUUUUUAGUAAUUUUGUUUUAGUAAUUUUAUGUAUUUUUUUAAAUUAUUUUGUGCCUUUUUUUUGUAAUUUAGUAAUGUCUUUUCUAGUUAUUUUAUGCCUUUUUGAGUAAUUUUAUGUCUUUUUUUGUAGUUUUGUGUCUUUUUGAUAAUUUCGUGUCUUUUUUUUAGUAUUUUUUAUGUCUUUUCUGGUCAAAUGUUGAACACUUAAAAUAAUAAAUGAACUCUUAAAACCAGAUAAAGUAAAGCUGCCAGCAGUGAUGAACUGGCCCGAGCAGAGUGACCUGAUGAUUAUUUGGUUCUUACCAAGAUAAAAAAAAAACUUUAGAUUUAGAAGUGUUAGAUCAUUUAUCUGGUUUUAAGAGUUAAUUUCUUAUUUUA